AUGGGGAAUAAGUUGGGUAGGAGGAGACAGCUAGUGGACGAGAAGUAUACAAGACCUCAAGGGCUUUAUCAACACAAGGAUGUAGAUCACAAGAAGCUUCGUAAGCUUAUACUUGAUUCCAAGCUCGCUCCUUGCUAUCCCGGAGAUGAUGACUGCAGUUGCGAUCUUGAAGAAUGCCCGAUUUGUUUCUUGUAUUAUCCAAGUCUAAAUAGAUCGCGAUGUUGCACAAAAGGCAUCUGUACAGAAUGUUUCCUACAGAUGAAGACCCCAAAUUCUACACGCCCUACGCAAUGCCCCUUUUGUAAAACGUUAAACUAUGCUGUGGAGUAUAGAGGGGUGAAGACUAAAGAGGAAAAAGGGCAAGAACAAAUUGAAGAACAAAGGGUGAUAGAAGCAAAAAUAAGAAUGAGACAACAAGAAAUUCAAGAUGAAGAGGAAAGAAUGCUAAAAAGACAAGAGAGAAGCUCUUCAAGCAGGAUAAUUGAUUCAAAUGAGGCUGAAUAUUUCUCUAGAGCAGCAACGUCUUCUUCAGAAGGCGAGGAAAUUGUUUCUGCUCCGAAUUCAGGUGUAACAAUAAUUAGACAUCCUCAACGCCCUAGGGACAACAGAGAUGACGAGUUUGACCUUGACCCCGAGAACAUAAUGCUAAUGGAAGCCAUCUGGUUGUCAUUUCAGGAGGAUGGAAAAACCCAACGCCAGAAUCCAAAUUACGGUGACGCAGCACAAUUAGCAAAAUACGCAACAGAAGUUCGUGUUCUCGCGUCCAUGGCCCCACAAGCUGAGUCAUCAUCAUUAUCAUCCACAUCCUCAUCCUCAUCCUCAUCGCCUUCCGGUGGUCUAGCGUGCGCCAUAGCCGCCCUCGCCGAACGCCAACAAAUGAGUGGGGAAUCUUCCACCAAUUACAACAACUACAAUGGCAACAUGUCAUCAACAUACAACAUCAUGCAUCCCGAAUCCACCUCUCUCAAUACUCAUCUUCAAGAUGGAGGAUGGGGAAACAACAACAAUAUUGAAACUUCAUAUGGGUAUGAUGAUGAUAAUAAUAAUGAGUAUGGGGGACAUGAUGAGAUGGGUGGUGGUGGUGGAGGUGGUGGAAGUAUAGUUCCUGAGAGCUUUGAGGAGCAGAUGAUGUUGGCAAUGGCGGUUUCACUGGCGGAAGCUCGAGCUAGGAGUAGUAGUGCACCGGAGGUUGCGUGGAUUUAGUGGAAUGUUUGUUGGUGGUGUAUACAGUGUGUAAAAUUGGGGAAAAAAUUUGAGUGUAGAUUUGUGGGUAGAGGUUUGAGAUUUGAAUCAUGGAAGUAGAAGGAUAGAGACAGGAAGACAUAUAGGUCACUUUCCCCCCUCCCUUUGUAUUGAAAUUUGAGAGUUUGUAUGAUUGGUUGUUGUUGGGAGGAUUUGGAAUUGGGUUUGAAAAGUGAAGUUGAUCAUCAUCUUUGGAACCUUGAAGAAAUGUGCAAUUUACCAUUGAAUUUUUAAUCUUGUUGGUGGUUUAAAAACCCCAAAAACGUCCAUUGGAUUGACGACAUCUUAAACCGAAUAUUCCUUUAAAAAAAAAACAAAACAAACCAUUUCCAAAGUACCUCACAAAGCAAGAUAGAAACCCUAGAAAAGCUAUAAAAAUCCACCAAAAGUUGGAUUAGGCAUCCUAGUGUGUAGAGAAAAUAAUGACAAUUUUUUGAUUUUUGGACAUUUGUACUUGGGCUCGAUUGAUGUAUGGUUCCAUUUCUGUUAAGUAGAAGAACAUCUUUUAAGGUUGUUAUCUUUGUGUGAAGGAUUUGUCUCUAGAGACCUUUAUUGUGCAAUCUCUUAAAAAAAGCCAUUGUAAGUUUUAUAAUGUUGCACAUGAGUUGAAAG